AUGAACGAUUCAAUUAUUCAGCUGAGUGAUUUACCUGAUGAAAUUCUUAUGAUUAUUUUGAAAAAAUUGCACAAUUCUUAUGUGCUCUAUUCUUUAAUAGGUGUUAAUAAACGACUUGAUACUAUUGCGAAAGAUUCAAUUUUUACAGAAUAUUUAACAUUAAUUCCACCUUUCAACGGCUUAAAUGAAUUUACUGAUACAAUACUUGAUCGGUUUUGUUCUGAAGUUUUACCUAAAAUUCAUCAUAAAAUCGAAUGGCUCAAUACUGAAUCAUUAUAUAUAGAACGUAUUCUUCUUGCAACAAAUUAUCCUGUUUUACAUGGUCUUGGUUUAUAUGAUCUUGCAUCAGAAGUGGCUCGAAAUCUCUUUACUGAUAGAAGUUUUUUAAUUCGUAUUUUCAAAAACCAAAUUUUAUCACUUGUUAUCCAUAUUAAUAAAUGUCAAGAAUCAAGCAGUUCAAUCAAAGAUAUAAAUACAUUUAUAUAUACCCAAAUCUUAAUCAUGUUCAAGAAUUUACGAUAUUUAAAUUUCGGUCCAAAUGCUUCUGACUAUCAUCAAUUAACAUUUGGUGUAUCACCUCCAAAUGUUUUCUCUUCAAUUCUAUUAGAUUUGUGUGUCGUGGUAGACUCAUAUGCAGAUUGUCUUUAUUUACUUGAUGGUCGUUUCCAUCAACUUAAAACGUUCUAUGUUACCAUUUGUUCAUCUGAUGUUUCUUCACUACCGUUAAUCAAUAGUGAAAAGAAAAAACUUUCGAAUUUAAAAUGCUUUAUGUUAACUCAUAAAUCGGUGUUAUUGAUCUACAAUACUUUUCUUAUUCCACUUUUACAUCGAAUGUCAAACUUAGAAGAACUCAGUUUAUAUUUUGUUAAUCAUGAUACACCAAUUAUUGAUGGUAAUAAUUUGGAAAUGAAUAUUAUGAAUUAUAUGAGAAAAUUAAAGGAAUUCAAAUUUAAUAUUCGUUCAGUUACUCCUUUUAAUAAUCAAGUUAAUUUACCAUCAAAUGAUGAUAUUAAAAACACAUUUAAAAAUUUUAAGAACAAUCAAAUUAUUUCAUCUAUUGAUUAUUUUCCAAAAGCAAAUGAAUUUCAUUGUCAUAUCUAUUCAUAUCCAUAUACAUUGAUGUAUUACGAUAAUAUAAGCAACAAUUUUCGUGGUGGAUUAUUUAAAUGUGUUCGUAAAAUAUCAUUAUUUGAUGAACGUCCUUUCGAACAUGAAUUUUUUCUUCGACUUUCUCAAUCAUUUCCAUUUAUGACACAAUUAGUUUUACAUAAUCGAGAAUCGCAAAAGAAUGACAAUCAACAACGGUCAAUCAUUGAAUAUUUUCAUCUUAUUAUACUUGAUCUUCUUCAAGCUCAUGAAAAUUAUGUCGAACAAUUUUUUAAUAAUUCUAAAAUGUGUUUAUUAAAUAAUAUUCAUCUUCAUGUGGAUUAUAAUACCUUACAGAGAGUAACAGACAAUUUUACAAGUGAUGCAACACGAAUGAAUUGUUUCAAAAUCGUAUGUCUAAUUUUAUACAAUAAACCAGAAUUAUGUCUAGAUUUAAAAGACUAUUUUCCUCAUGCAGAAAUUCGUUGA